AUGACUCCCUUUCAAAAGACUAGAGCUAGAAUUCAAUUAGUUAAAAUUUGCUUCUUAAACGCUUAUUCCAUUUAUUAAAAAGAAAUCUAAACUUAUUGUGACAUAGUACUAGGAAAAAAAUGCUAAUCUAUUAAUUCAAAAACAAUAUGCAAUUGUUUUCAGUCUAUAAACAGAAUAAUAAACUAGCAUUUAUUUAAAAUUUCUAUUAGUUCUCUUAAAUAAAUUAUCGACUCAUUAAUUAAAUUAAUGAAAUAAUCUUAUGAAUAUGAUUUCAAAAUCAAGAUAUAACAGUAUAGGUUAAGUAAAGCAUGCAUUAAUAAUUUCUGUUAACUUACACGAUUUAAUGCUCUCUUAGGAGUAGCUCAAAAAUAUAAUUCACAGCGAAUGACUUAAGGAAAUGAAUUUCUUUAAUUUACACAGAAAACCUAAAUUAAAAACAACAGGAAAAUCCAAAAGGGGGGAAAAAAAUUUUUAUUAGUUUAAGGGUUGUUUAAAGAAAAUAUCUUCACUUAAUAAAAGAAUAAACUUAAUGGGCUUGACUAAGAAUUAGAUUAUUAUGAUUAAGCUAUUAAGAAAAAUCCUCAAAAAUCUGGUUUUUAUAAUGGCAAAGGCACAAAUAUAUAUCUAUAAUUAAUAGCUACAACUUUAUAAAAAAUGAAUAGACUAGAAGAAGCAUUGAAUUAUUAUGAUUAAGCUAUUUAGAAAAAUUGUAAGGUUUCAUCCUAUUAUUUUAACAAAGCAAUUACUUUAGAAAAAUUAAAUAGACUUGAAGAAGCAUUAGAAUAUUAUAAUGAAGCUAUCAUGAAAAAUCCUGAGGUAUUGGACUACUAUGAUAACAAAAGAUAAAUGUUAUAGAAAAUGAAUAGAUUUGAAGAAGCAUUGCAAUGUUAUGAUUAAGCCUUUAAAAAAAAACCAGAAAAAUCUGGCUAUUAUAAUAGCAAAGCUAUAACAUUAAAGAAUAUGGAUAGUAAUGAAGAAGCAUUACGAUAUUUUGAUUCAGCUAUUGAGAAAAACCCUGAAGAUUCUGACUAUUAUUUUAACAAAGCAAUUACUUUAGAUAAAUUAAAUCGAUUUGGGGAAGCAUUGGAAAAUUAUAAUAAAGCUAUUAUGAAAAAUCCUGAAGCUUCGAACUACUAUGAUAACAAAGGUAGAAUUGAAUGA